AUGCCCAGUCUCGAGACCGCGAAAGUUGAUCUCAUAGUCGUUUACAAGCUCAGCAGCAGCGACGCUCAUUUGAAGGCUCUCCACCAACUCCAGAGCUCUUUCAGCUGGGCUGUGAGGCCCGGCUCCAACGACGACGAGGUCUUGGCAUUCUUACAAGCAAAACAAUCUACUAGACGGAGUGUAGACAGUGAGUGCAAUAACCUCUACGAUUAUUUCAUGGUCCACUACGCAUCACCCGACGUGAAGAAAGUCGUCAUACCCCACAAUCACGAUUUCAACAAAACAUUAAUUAGCGACUUGACUAGCAGUUAUCUUUUAUCCAACCAACAGCUCACAAGCAUCAAGAAUGCCUUUGGUGUUAACGUUGGCUUCUAUUUCGCCUUCUUGAGGUCUUACUUUAGGUCACUUAUUUUGCCUUCCCUCAUUGGCUUUUUUUGCUGGUUUAGGAGCUCUCAAUUUAGUUCAUUUUACGCCAUAUUCGUUAGUCUUUACGCUGUAGCUUUCGUCGAGUACUGGCGUGUAGCGGAACGCGCUCUUAGCGUGCAGUGGGGUUCUGAUGGCUCGAAGAGCAUCGAAUUGACCAGAGUAGAGAGAGAAAGAACGGCGUGGUAUGUUCGUGAGAGUAAGCUAAUGGCUACGCUUCCUGUCCUUGCGCUAUUCGCCAUGCUAUUGGCUGCCCUACUCACCAUCAUCUUCUUCAUAGAGGAGUUUGGAUUACAAUUCUACAACGGUCCUCUCAAGUCGUACAUUUCACUCAUAUUGAGUGCAGUAUGCAGCGGUAUUGUUCCGCUGCUCAUCACUGCAUAUCAACCCGUGCUCAACAAGCUGAGUAGAUGGGAAAACCACGCCACGCACAGCGACACAGAGGCAAGCUUGACCAUAAAGUCUUUCACUCUCAACUCUCUUGUCAGCUUUGCCGGUCUUGCGUUGACGGCAUAUGUGUAUAUACCCUUCGGUAAGGAUCUGGUGAAGGCGGCAUCAAAGAGAUUUGAGAAGUUUGAGAUAUUCGGCACAAAUGAGAUAGUAGAGAUUGAUGGAAGUAGGAUACAGACGCAGCUGUUCGCGCAGAUGGUUACCUCUCAAGCUAUUGGUACCUUCCAAGAAGUUGGUCUUCCCUAUAUCAUGUCCUUCGUUAGAUCGCACAUCUCCAAGAACACUUACACCCCGAAAGACGCUCCAGAAGAGAGAGAUUAUCUGCAAGCCGUCAGAGAGGAAGUCGCUAAGGAUACAUAUGAUCUGUUCGAGGACUAUGCGGAGAUGGUUACGCAGUUCGGCUUUAUCUCGCUAUGGAGUGUCGCAUGGCCACUUGCACCACUCAUGGGACUGAUCAACAACUUUUUUGAAAUUCGCGGAGACGCAUUCAAGCUCAUCAAACAUUAUAGUCGCUGUAUACCCCGUUCAACGGAUAGUAUUGGACCAUGGCUCGACGCUUUGUCGUUUUUGAGCUGGCUCAGUGCAAUGAUCAACACAUCACUCGUCAUUCUCUUCAAUACGUCGUUCAAAAAUAGCGGUAUACUCGCAGCGCAUGGUGGUGUCUUAGUAGCUUUUGUCGCAGCGCUCGUAGCUUCUCACGGACAUUUCGUAAUUAAGGGUAUCUUUGCUAGGCUUUUCAAGAUAGCUAUAUGGGAUAACUCUGCGAGUGCGGCUAUCGUGCGUGACAGGGCAUUGGCGUUGCAUAGCAGUGCUAGAUGCAGCAAAUCAAACAAGGACAGACCACUUGACAACGAUGAAAUCAAACUGAGACAGACUGUGAACGAGAUGAACUCGUCCAUAUCUAAGAAAGAUAAUUAG